UUACCUUCUGUUAAAAAAACUAUUAAACUUUAAAGAAUGGCAACUAACAUAAAAUCACCAUUAUUUUUUGAAAUAUUUUAUGAAUGCCAAACAACAAAAGCAAGAACUGGAAGAAUAACUCUUAUUCAUCAUCAUGUAGAUACACCAGUAUUUAUGCCAGUAGGCACACAAGGCACUUUGAAAGGUUUACUACCUCAACAAUUAGAACAAUUGAAUUGUCAAAUUAUACUUGGAAAUACUUAUCAUCUUGGAACAAGACCUGGUCUUAAUGUUAUGCAAAAAGCUGGUGGAUUACACAAGUUUAUGAAUUGGAAAAGAGCUUUAUUAACUGAUUCUGGUGGUUUUCAAAUGGUAUCAUUAUUAGAACUUGCUAAAAUUAAAGAAGAAGGUGUUAAAUUUAAAUCACCAUAUAAUGGAUCAGAUUGCAUGUUGACACCUGAACAUUCUAUUCAGAUACAAAAUAUAAUAGGAGCAGAUAUAAUUAUGCAACUUGAUGAUGUAGUUAAGAGUACAUUAACAGGACCAAGAGUAGAAGAAGCUAUGUAUAGAACAACCAGAUGGUUAGAUAGAUGUUUGGUGGCUCAUCAGAGACCAAAUGAACAAAGUAUAUUCCCAAUUGUACAAGGAGGUCUUGAUUCUAAGCUUAGAUCAGAAUGUGCAAAUCAGUUAAUUAAACGUGAAGUCAAUGGUUAUGCUGUAGGUGGAUUAAGUGGUGGAGAAUCUAAAGAUGAGUUUUGGAGAAUGGUAUACCUCACUACAAAUAUCCUUCCAAAAAAUAAGCCACGUUAUUUAAUGGGCGUUGGAUUCGCUAUCGAUUUAGUUAUUUGUUCUGCUUUAGGAAUAGACAUGUUUGACUGCGUAUUUCCUACAAGAACAGCGAGAUUUGGCUGUGCGUUAGUACAUACAGGUCAACUCAACUUAAAACAAGCUCAGUAUCGUAAAGACAUGAGACCAAUAGAUGAUUCAUGUGAAUGUAGUACAUGCAAAACAUAUACCCGUGCUUAUCUUCAUCAUAUUGUGACAGUGGAAACAGUUGCAUGUCAUUUACUAUCUGUUCACAAUAUCGCAUUUCAAAUGAAACUAAUGAACGAUAUUAGACAAAGUAUUAGAGAACAAAGAUUUCCAAAAUUUAUACAACAAUACAUGUUAGAUAUAUAUCCAAACAAGGAAUAUCCACAAUGGAUUAUCAAUGCCUUGGAAACGGUUAAUGUUACAUUAUUAUAAGAAGGCAAAGACGAAGGUAUACAUGAGCUGAAGAAUAUUUAUCUACAUGAAACCACACAUCUUCUGGCCAGCCC